GUCCAUUUGCGCGCUUCUCAUCCACAGCAAAGGAGCUCCGCGUCUCCGCUCUUCCCUCCUCCAGCAGCACCUCCAUCAUUGCCAACAAAACGCCGUCUUGCCGUCUUUUACGUUUACAAGCCUUGCAGGGCGCACACUCAUAUUCGGUGUGUGUGUGUGCACACAAGCCCCCCCCCCCCAACCCACGCAUCUUGUGGAUUUCUUUCCCGACCAUUCCGCGUACAUGGUGCGCUGUGCUCUACCUCACCAGGAGUUCUUUUCGCUUCUCGGAGAAAAAUGUGGCUGGUCGUAGUGUCGACAGUUUUGUUGUGUUGGUGUGGAGUCUCCAAGGCCGGCUUUCCAAACCAAAUCAACAUAGGUGGACUCUUCAUGCGCUCCACAGUCCAGGAGCACAGCGCCUUCAGGUUUGCAGUGCAGCUAUACAACACCAACCAGAACGUGACGGAAAAACCCUUCCAUCUCAACUACAAUGUUGACAACCUGGAGUCCUCCAACAGCUUCUCUGUCACACAUGCCUUCUGCUCGCAGUUCUCCCGAGGAGUUUACGCCAUUUUCGGCUUCUACGACAGGAAGUCCAUGAACACGCUAACCUCCUUCUGCGGGGCGCUGCAUACCUCCUUCAUCACGCCCAGCUUUCCCAUCGAUGCCGAUGCGCAGUUUGUCAUCCAGAUGAGGCCUGGCUUGCGAGGUGCCGUUCUCAGCCUUCUGGACCAUUACAAGUGGGAGAAGUUUGUCUACCUUUACGACACUGAUCGAGGUUUUUCCAUCCUCCAGGCCAUCAUGGAGUCGGCAGUGGCUUACAAUUGGCAGGUGACGGCUCGCUCAGUGGGGAACAUCGUGGACCCCACCGAGUACAAACGCAUCAUCGAGGAGAUGGAUCGUCGGCAGGAGAAACGCUUCCUCAUCGACUGUGAGGUGGAUCGGAUUAACUCCAUACUGGAGCAGGUGGUGACCGCAGGAAAGAACACCAGAGGAUACCACUACAUCCUUGCCAACCUGGGUUUUUCCAACAUGAGCUUGGACAGGGUCUUUUCCGGUGGCGCCAACAUCACAGGCUUCCAGAUUAUCAGCCCGGACAGCACCAUCGUGCAGCAAUUCCUCCAACGCUGGGAGCGUCUUGAUGAAAGAGAAUUCCCAGAAGCCAAAAACGCUCCACUAAAGUACACAUCAGCGCUGACCCACGACGCCAUCCUUGUCAUUGCCGAGGCCUUCCGCUACCUUCGCCGCCAGCGUGUUGAUGUGUCCCGUAGGGGCAGUGCAGGCGACUGCCUCGCUAAUCCUGCUGUGCCCUGGAGUCAAGGCAUUGACAUCGAGAGAGCUCUUAAAAUGGUCCAGGUUCAAGGUAUGACAGGAAACAUCCAGUUUGACACAUUUGGGCGAAGGGCUAACUACACAAUUGAUGUGUAUGAAAUGAAGACGGGAGGUCCCAGGAAGAUCGGCUACUGGAAUGAAUAUGAAAAAUUUGUAUUUGUAAUGGAUCAACAGGUCACCAACGAGUCGUCUUCUGUGGAAAACCGAACAAUUGUGGUCACUACUAUUAUGGAAGCUCCGUAUGUGAUGUACAAGAAAAACUAUAUGCAGCUGGAGGGGAAUGACAGAUAUGAAGGCUACUGUGUCGAUUUAGCUUCAGAAAUUGCCAAACAUGUGGGGAUAAAAUAUAAGCUGUCUGUAGUUCCGGAUGGCAAGUACGGAGCCAGAGAUCCAGAGACUAAGACUUGGAACGGGAUGGUGGGUGAACUGGUGUAUGGGAGAGCUGACAUAGCCGUGGCUCCUCUCACUAUAACAUUGGUACGAGAAGAAGUGAUCGACUUCUCCAAACCCUUCAUGAGCUUGGGCAUCUCUAUUAUGAUCAAGAAGCCGCAAAAGUCCAAACCCGGCGUCUUUUCCUUCCUGGAUCCGCUGGCCUAUGAGAUUUGGAUGUGUAUAGUGUUUGCCUAUAUCGGCGUGAGCGUGGUGCUCUUCCUGGUGAGCCGCUUCAGUCCUUACGAGUGGCAUCUGGAUGAGAACGAUGAGGCCAAAGACCCUCAGAGCCCCCCUGACCCGCCCAACGACUUUGGCAUAUUUAAUAGCCUCUGGUUCUCCCUGGGUGCCUUCAUGCAGCAAGGAUGCGAUAUCUCGCCAAGAUCGCUGUCAGGUCGCAUCGUUGGAGGAGUGUGGUGGUUCUUCACCCUCAUUAUCAUCUCCUCCUACACGGCCAACCUGGCUGCCUUCCUCACAGUGGAGAGGAUGGUUUCUCCCAUCGAAAGUGCCGAGGACUUGGCCAAGCAGACGGAGAUCGCCUAUGGGACAUUGGACUCAGGUUCGACCAAGGAGUUCUUUAGGCGCUCCAAAAUAGCGGUUUAUGAAAAAAUGUGGUCAUACAUGAAAUCAGCGGAACCGUCGGUGUUUGCCAAGACAACACCCGACGGGGUCUCCCGGGUACGAAAGUCGAAGGGCAAGUUCGCCUUUCUCCUGGAGUCCACUAUGAAUGAAUACAUAGAGCAGCGGAAGCCGUGCGACACCAUGAAAGUGGGCGGCAACCUCGACUCUAAAGGCUACGGCGUGGCCACACCAAAAGGCUCGGCAUUAAGAAAUGCUGUUAACCUGGCAGUGUUAAAACUGAAUGAGCAAGGCCUCUUGGACAAAUUGAAAAACAAAUGGUGGUACGACAAGGGAGAGUGCGGCAGCGGGGGAGGUGACUCUAAGAACUCCUGUAAACCUUGCAGUAUUGAAACUCAGUGAACAAGGCAUCUUAGACAAGCUGAAAAACAAAUGGUGGUACGAUAAAGGUGAAUGUGGAACCAAGGACUCGGGAAGUAAGGUCAGUCGCUGCAGGUCUUUUUAUACUGAUACUGCCAAAAAAUACACUUAGUUAGUAGUCCAUUUACAUCUCUGACUUCGACACUUCACACAUAGUUAGUGGAUGGUCAUAUAAGUCAUGCAUGUAGAACAAUUUGAUGUAUUUGUUAUAUCAAGUGACAGCAUGAUCACACACAGCUUUUUAACUCCAUGCCAUCAACGUCUGAAUCCAACCAUCCUGCUGCUAUUUGACUAUUUCAUUGAACCGCCGUGUAAUAUGAAUGACAUGACUAAUACAGUAAACAGCAGCGCUGCUCCAUCUUCAAACAGUAAUAAUUUAAUAAGGUAGUCAUAAGAAAAUAUUUAGUAUUUUAAAUAGUUCUGCUCCCCUACAAGGUAAACGGUCUUAAAUUGUUUAUUCCCUCUGAUUAUACGUAUCCACUCUAUUCCCCUAACACCAGUGUAAAUGUGACUAUAGGGGUGUUACUUCAAGUCUAGAAGGCUCUAAUAAUGUUACAAAACACAUUUUGAAGGUCGUAUGACAUAACUGCAAAGAUAUUCCAUUUAUAAAGAAGGAGUCCUACUUUGUGGAAAUUCAGUUCAAGGGAUUAUUAUAGUUGUGUCUCUUAUAGGAUGAAAUAAUAAUAACUGUGUAAUAAAGUAUAAUGAGCCAGUGAGCUCACAUGGAACAGUUUAGGCUUCCGAAAGGUGUCAUGCCAGUAAGAAACACCCAAAACAAAUAGCAAUAAUCAAGUAAGCUCACAUUUUCGCAUCCUCAGCCUGCUAGACAGCAACGGGUGAUUGUCAUAUCACUUAGAUGGACUGUUAUAACACUGUAAUAAAGCAGUAACAGGCUAAUAAGGUUAUAUUUUUGUCUUAGAAAUAAUAAUCCUAUAGUAAUACAGUAGUAAUAAACCAAUGGGAACAUUUAGCUUGGUAACUAUUGGUCAAUAUUCUAGCCAGUGUGACUAGUGAGAUACAACUUUAUAAUAGUAAUAAUUUAAUAAAGUAGAUACGGGCCAAAGAGGUCACAUUUUCUUAUAAAAAUACUAAUACUUAUAAAAAUACUAAUACUAAUUUUCUUAAAAAAUACUAAUCCUAUUUUAACACAGUAGUAAUAAACCAAUGGGCACACAUUUAGCAUGGUAACUAUUGGUCAAUAAUAAUAAUAGCCAGGGUGACUUGUGUGAGAACUUUAUCAUAGUAAUAACUGUAAUAAAGUAGUAACAAGCAAAAGAGGUCAUAUUUUCUUCUUAGAAAUACUAAUCCUAUAGUAAUGCAGUACACAUUUAACAUGGUAACUCAGGGGUGGGCAAAUAUUUGGACUCGAGGGCCGCAUUGAGUUAACAAAAUUGUCUGGGGGGCCAGAACAUAUAUUUAACACACACACACUAUUUUAUGCUUAUCAUUUUCCUUGAAUUAUUUGUCUAAUUUUAUCUGUAAAAGUGUUAUCCUAUAUCAGUUGUAUGUUCUCAUGUCCCUUUUUUAGGAGCACUUUAAACAUCACACCACAUCAAACUAUGUCAUUUAAUUUGACAGUUUUGUUGUUUAUUUUUUACUAAAUCAGACAUCCGACUUGCAAGUCAUGUUGCCAGUUUGUAUGUUAAAAGUUGAAGUUACUUAGAAAGCAACUGGCGGGCCGGAUUCAAACGCUUGGUGGGCCGCAUGUGGCCCCCGGGCCGUAGUUUGCCCACCCCUGUGGUAACUAUUGGUUGAUAUUCGAACCAGUGUGACUUAGUAGUAAUAGUAAUAGUAAUAACAAUGUAGUAGAGUAGUAAUAAUCUCAUGCUCAUGUUAUGGUUAUAAUGUUAUGAAAAGUACCAUAGGUCAAAUCUUGUGAGAAUAAUAGUAGUAAUGAUGUUAUAAAGCAGUAAUAAACCAGAUAGUUGUAUUUAGCAAGCUAAAGAGUACCACAGGUGUUGUAUGUCAGACAAACAGUAGUAAGCUAGUAAAGGUCACAUUAUCUGAACGUUAGUCUUGUAAUAGCAUAGUAAUAAGCCACCAAGCUCACAUUUUCAUGCAAAAUAGGCACAUGCGUUAAUAAUAAAAGAAAUGGCUUUGAGCACUAUUGUUUGGCACUUAAUAGCAGCAAAAUGGUUUGUGCUUGUGCAAAUGCAGUUAGUUUUGAGCUAGCCGAAUGAGGGUUUAAUACGUAGACCUGUACGACCACGACCACCUUCCUUUUAGAGCAAAGCAGCAGCCUUCAGACUUCUCUGCAUUCACCUUCCUAGCGCUUAGGUAGAAGAAGAAAGUAGAUACAUUGACUUUGUCCCAGUUGACCCCCAUCCCCCCCACCCCAUCCCCACCCCAACAGGGCAUUUUAUGUAGGCAGUUUAGGGAAGUAACAGUAUUUUCAGCAUCAGAGCACCCGUUCCAAAAAAGCCUGA